GUCCAUCGCAUCAGCUUCACUCUGACUAAAUCCCUCAAACCAGCUAGCCAAAUCCCUCGCAGACCCCACUAACCAGAUUCUAUAAGACUCAGAGUAUCUACACCACGCUGUACAAACUUGUUGACCCCACACCUCCUUCGCUACUCUCACCAACAUGGAUACGCACGAAAUUCCUCUAUUUGGUGGUAUCCUUCCGUUGGAAAUUGUCGAGAAUAUUAUUUCCUACCUACCGCUUCCAGCAGUCGCCGAAGUGAUGAAAUCAGAAAAUGCCAGUAUCGCCUCGGUAGCGCGGAGACGCUACUACUCGAGCAUUACAUUGGAGUUUUGGGAAUUUGAUGACCCACCAUACGAAGAUGGAUUCUCUCAUAUUGGUGACGAGGUCCUCUAUAUGAAGCAUUCUGAAUUUGAAGCGCUAGUCAACAGCGAUACGUUUGACCAGCUUCACAUUGGGAAGCUUUUAAUAGACGUAUCCGCAAGUUUCGAUUAUUUUACAUUCCUCCACGAAAAAGUGUUCACCAAAGCUUCUGCGGUCGUCACUAAUGUCAUUCUACGGUUCGGCGGACAUCAGGAUUUUUAUGCAACAUUCAACUGGAACUGGUUGCCACCUUCGCCCCUGGUGCAAAAGUGCAUCCGAGAAAUAUCCGUUUCAUACCCUUAUAUUAACCCAGAAAUUCCACCUUUACCCUCCAAAUUACGCAGGCUUGCCUUUCUAGAGAACUCUCGAUAUAGGUACCUGGAUGAUGAUAGUGGCCCAACGAUUAUUUUUCCACCAAAGCUCCGAGAAUUUGUUUCGGAGAUUCCCUGGGGAUCAAUUUCAACGUAUGCGGACCUCCCUUCAACUUUACAGAGAUUGAAACUAUCGUAUAUCUGGAGCUUUUCUGUCGAGGCGUUCAACAAGUUAAAUUUGCCCAAUUUGAAAUUUUUGGAAUUAAGAGUUAUGUGCGGCAUGCCAGAAACAAACGAGCAAAUUGAAUUUCCCUCGCUGUUGGAGAACUUGGGACUCUAUAAUCUUAAAAUUACUAGCUUUGAACAACGGAACUUACCUCUGGGGUUGCAGAAGUUGUUUAUCAGCAAUUGUCCUUUAAAGAAGUUUCGUGUGGACACAUUUCCGAAUUCCCUUAAAGAGUUGAUCCUAGACAAGACAGAUCUUCCAUCUUCCGAGAUCAACAUUAUCAAGUUUACUUCGAGUUUGGUUUCCUUACUAAUUACGCACACACGGUUAUCAUCACUAAAUUUUGUCAACUCAUCACCGGGGUCUUUAGAAAUCCUCAACCUCCAUGAAAAUUCCCUUAGUCGUUUAAAUGAAACAAAUGAAGGUGAAGACACUUUCAGGUCACUCCAAAUCAAGUUCCCCGAGAGCCUCCAGACACUUGAUCUUGAAUAUACCGAUCAUCUAUUUACCCUUUACUCACCAGGGAACCUUGUCUUCCCUUCGAGAUUGAAAGAUUUGAAGCUCGGAGGCACAAAUAUGAGGACAGUCAAAGAACUCAAUCUUCCACCCACAUUGAGUUCUUUAGAUUUGAGACAAAAUAAUUUGGUAUCAGUCGACGGGCUCAGUCUUCCACAGAAAUUGACCCAUUUAAACUUGAGCUCCACUAAUCUUGAACUGUUCUCAAAGAAACUACCUGACAGCAUUGAAUCCUUGUCCCUUGAGAGUAAUAAAUUGACAGAAUUGGUAAACUUCCGCCUUCCGGUGAAUUGCAUCAAGUUUAAAAUUUCGUCCAAUCCUCUUCUACGGAUCCAAUUCUCUAAUGCAGACCACCAAGAUUUGAAACUCCUAGAUUUUAGUUUAGGUGGGGAAACCAUUACCACGCUCCGUGACUUCUCUCCCCUCCCACAAAGUCUCGCUUCCUUGAGUAUUUACUCUACAGAAGUAAACACCUUGUCGGGGAUCCUGUUUCCUACAGGGCUAACUAUCAUACGUGCAUAUGGUAACAAGUUAACUUCGUUGGAAAAUGUUGAGUUCCCGCCACUCUUGGAAGAAUUGUGCCUCCAGAGAACUCAAAUAUCUAGUUUGGCCAAUGUCCAUUUUCCGAACAGUUUAAUUAAGUUGGAUCUUCAUGAUAACAAGAUUACCUCAAUCGAUGCCAUACAGCUUCCUCCAAAAUUGAAGGAAUUGAACUUGUCAAAUAACGCAAUUAGUGCUAUUAACGAGUUGCAGUUGCCCGAAUCGCUUGAAAGCUUGAGAUUGGCGGACCAAAAGUGUGACAUUCCGUUUAUUUGUGUCCCAGCGAAUAGCAACACGUUAGGGGGUUCCAAUAAAUCUAAGAAGGGCCUAUCGAGUCUCGCUGGGUUAACCAAACUUCCGUCAAAGUUGAAAUUCUUAGGUCUAGAGAAGAACAGUUUGUCCGAGGAGGCCGUUAAAUGCUUAGAACUCCCAGCCAGCUUGACAGAUUUAAGAAUCGGAGGUAAUAUGUUCGACAGCGAUUAUAAGUGGAAAAGAGAAUUCGAGCUAGCACACCCAGGGUUGGAAGUUUGGUGAGCUGGGAUUGUUUUAGGACAGAUCCUUUCUUUUUGGCGCCGACUAUGAUAUAAUGAAUAACAAAUGUGAGGCAUUGGUGUAAGGAGAAGCAUUUUUAGUAUGUGGCGUUUAAUGAGAAGUUAU